UUAGACGAAAAUGUUAUUUGUCUCACUGGUGCUCCCUUCACUACUUUCGUUUUCUGUCUGGCCAUUGGGAAGCCUCCUGAGACUGAGGGAGAGCAUUCCUAUGGCCAGAAGAAGAUUGAGCAGCAAGCUCACCUCUGCUUUUUGUUGUGGAUGGCGAUGGACUACUACCAGGUUCCAGCGCCCUGUGUGCUUGUGGCAUGUGUGCGGGAAGUUGCAGGAAAGCUGUUUCUUAGAGAGGAUGUGAAGGACCGGCCGGUUUGUCUGGUUUCCAUCAUCGGUGAAGAAAGGACGGGUAAAUCAUUCCUACUCAACUAUCUAAUGCGGAGACUCAACAAGCUGGACUGCAGUGACCAGGGCUGGAUGGGAGGGGAAGAUGAAGAUUUGAGAGGAUUCGAAUGCAAGCCUGGAACAAACUCUAUAACCAAAGGUGUUUUUAUAUGGAACAAACCAUUCCUGAUGGAUACAGAGCAGGGUAAGAUAGCAAUCUUCCUGGUGGACACAGAAGGAUGCAAUAGUCUCGAACGAGAAAAAGGUAUCAGUACACAGCUGUCAGCACUGAGCAUUUUACUGAGCUCCUACAUGAUAUUAAGCAUUGCCUCCAAGAUUAACCGCACAGACCUGGAAUUUUUAGAGAUGUUUCUCGACGUGGCCCAAAAGGUUGGAGAGGUUCUCAACUUGGAUCCCAUUCAGCAUCUGGAUAUUCUAGUUCGUGACUGGGAUACAUCAAAAACCCAUGGCAAGGAAGCAGGGAUGAAAUAUCUGGAAGAGAUUCAAAAGAAAAUGCAGACCAAUAAAUCAACGUACCAAUCAUUCAUGAAGACUCAACUUUCCAAGGCUCAUUGCUUUCUGUUACCCAACCCAGGGAAGGAGAUUGCUUCGAGUUCCACAGGACACCUAAAGGACAUGGAUGAGGCUUUCAGACACUCGCUGGUGGAUUACUUCGGUUCUGCCUUGCAAAGUCUGCCCACUAGUGGACGGUGUGACAUGAACGGCUCGAUUCUGACUGGCUCCCAGUUGUUUGACCAGAUCAAGUUAUUCGCCAAGACCAUCGAGAAAUAUUCAGUUCGGAUAACAACACCACUCCAGAUGUCGAAUGCUUUUUGGAACAUGAAACUAAGGGAGGACAAAGUGCAAGAAUUUAAAAGUUUCAUUCAUGAGCAG